AAAUGGGGUUUGUUCAGACCCAUGAGGGGACCCAAAGUGCCCACAGAAGUAGUAAACUCUUAUCAGUCCCCACUGUGUGUGUGUGUGUGUAUAGAACUAUUACUGCUGGUUGAGUAGCAAUGCCAGCUCAGGAAUUCCUGUUCACAUUAGCAGCCUUAGGCUAGCAACUCUAGGCAGUUUGGACAGUCCUGUCCCCUCGCUCUCACCGUUUCCAUUCCCUUUCUCUCCUAGUAUGGUGGCAACAUGGAUGGACGGUGUACUCAUGCUGUGCUGCUUUUACUCUGCCUGGGUUCUUGUCUGUCCUUGACCCCUCCUGCCCAGCCGUUUGUCCGCCAGGAGAAAGCCUCUGGGCUGGGGUCGAACAGCAGCAAGGGUGGCCUGUCCCUGGAUGUCCCAAUGGCUCUCAGGGUGUUCAGUGUGGACUAUUAUCAUGUUCAGGCUCCAUUUGAGAUCGUCCUCUGGAUCAUGCUGGCUUCCCUCGCCAAACUGGGGUUUCAUUGGUCAGGGCGUCUCCCAGCAGUAGUUCCAGAGUCUUGUCUCCUCAUCAUGGUGGGCCUCCUGGUGGGCGGAGUUAUCUAUGGUGUACGUCACUCUGCUCCUCCCACCCUGAGUGCAGACGCCUUCUUCCUGUUUUUGCUCCCACCCAUCGUCCUUGACGCUGGUUACUUCCUACCAGGAAAAUUGUUCUUCGAGAACCUUGGAACCAUCCUCUGGUAUGCGGUGCUGGGGACGCUGUGGAAUGUGUUGGGUAUCGGUGUCUGUCUGUACGGUGUGUGUUUGUUGGCAUCUGGUUCUCUAGGGGACGUGUCUCUACUCCACUGCCUGCUGUUCAGCUCUCUAAUAGCGGCCGUGGAUCCGGUAGCUGUUCUGUCUGUCUUCCAGGAGAUCCACGUUAAUGAACAGCUCCAUAUAUUGGUGUUUGGAGAAUCACUACUCAACGAUGCUGUUACCGUGGUGCUGUACAAGUUGUUUGAGUCAUUCCUGCGGUUGCCGGUGGUGACAGGGGUGGAUGUGUUGCUGGGUGGCUGUAGGGUGUUGGGGGUGGGGCUUGGGGGUUUAGGGGUGGGCCUGUUCUUCGGCCUGGUGGCUGCUCUGACAUCACGCUUCACCUCCCGAGCUCAGGUCAUCGCCCCCCUGUUUGUGUUCCUCUACUCCUACCUGUCCUACCUCACCUCUGAGAUGUUACACCUGUCUGGCAUUAUGGCUAUUGUGACAUGUGCAGUCACCAUGAAGCAGUACGUCGAGGCCAACCUGUCUGAACGCAGUAACACCAGUAUCCAGUACUUCUUGAAGAUGUGGAGUUCUGUCUCUGAGACGCUCAUCUUUAUAUUCCUGGGAGUUUCCACAAUACAGGAUGUUCACAUGUGGAGCUGGGCCUUCGUCUGUUCAACACUGCUGCUCUGUCUCCUCUGGAGAGCUACAGGUGUAAUCCUGUUAACAGCAGUGGUGAACAAGGUCAGGCGUAAUGUGGUAACAUUCAGAGACCAGUUUAUCAUUGCCUAUGGUGGUCUGCGAGGGGCAAUCUGCUUCUCGCUCGUCUUCCUAAUUGAUGACUUUCCCAAGAAGAGACUCUUCAUCACCACCACCAUAGUAGUCAUCCUCUUCACAGUCUUUGUUCAGGGGAUGACCAUCAAGCCAUUGGUAGAGCUUUUGGAGGUCAAGAGGAGAAAGAGAAAUCUGCCAACUGUCAGCGAGGAGAUACACAGCAGGCUCUUGGACCAUUUGCUUGCAGGUAUUGAGGAUGUCGUUGGCUACUGGGGACAACACUACUGGAAAGACAAGUUUGAACAGUUUAACCAGCGGUACCUGUGCCGGUUCCUGAUCCGUGAGGAGCGUCAGGCUAGGAGCAGCAUUGUCAGGGUCUAUCAGGAACUGGAGAGGAGAGAUGAGAGAGCAGAUGAGGAACAUAUAACACAUGUAGAUGUUAGGUGUCAGACCAGACCACAUCUCUUAGAGGAGAUGGACAGUAUCAGGCGAAUCCUCACCAGAAACCUCCACAGCUUCAACAACAAGUUGGAGGUUGUGACCAAGGUGGCCUUAUCAAACAUUCACCAUAUGUUUGCCGAUGUGAAUAUCUUACAAAAGCAAAUCCCAGCCUACAGUAGACACACACUACAUGGAACCCCUGCUGCAGAAGGCAGGAAACCCCUCAGAAGACAUCAGAGUUUGGGAGGGAAACACUCACCCUGGUCACAGGAGGUGCCAGACCUAAGCCACUACUCCGAAACCUAUCCGACCCCCCGCAACAGAAGGAGACCCAUCAAGACCACCAGGAGGAGCAGGGGGCUGCAGGGACAGACACCCCAGCCAAGAACUUUUAUGUUGGGGAGGAAUAACAGUCUCGACCCCCUGGAGCCCAGCUGUCCAGACCCCCAAAAACUCAGCUAUGCCCUGGACAAUAAGACCUGAAGACCAAUGUAUACAGAUACUGAGAGACAGACAGAUACCACUAGACAAAAGGACAGACAAACAGACAGUGAGCUCAGCUUAAGUAGAUGGAAUUAAAUAGUUGCUCUUCUCUUAAUGUGUGGGUUGUAGUGAAGUG